AUGGUGACAACGACAACAACAUUUGUCCAAAAUAAAGUAGCAAAGAAUUAUACAGCCCAUUUGGUACCUUGUAAAGUAAGACAAACAGGCCCGACAACAGAAUUUAACGACCAGUUCAUCUUGGAUGAGGAACUUAUAGAACCAACCCAGCAAGGAAAAAGCGUAACAUAUAUAAGAGGAAGAAAGAUUGUCGGAGAUGAAUUGAGGUUCGAAGAUAGCUCCUGCUUCGUCGUGAAAACAUCUCAAGACGGACUUGGAAACAAUUUGGUAGAGCCGGUAUUUAAUGUAGCCAAAAUUGUAAAUUACGAACGAGAAGGUAACGAGGAAAGAUUGAUUAAUGAAUUAACAAAGUUUGAAGAGUUAAGACACUUAGAAUCCCUUAUUCAUACACCUUGA